CGUGGCUGGCCGCGGGAGCGCGCGCGGCGGAGGAGGGCUCCGGGAGGCCGCGGAACAGCGACCGCCGCCAUAUUAAGGAUCGCGGAGGCCGGGGUCCCGUCCGCGGCGGCCGCGGCCGGACCAGUGGAGCUGCGGGCGGCCGAGAGCGGUGCGGCGCGGCGCCGGGAGAGGCGGGGUCGGCGCAGCCAGCGGGCGACCGGAGCGAGCCAGAACAUUCUCCGGCUGCCUCCUCUCUUCUCGCUCGUCUACCAAGAAGUCUUCCGGGGAGUUGAGCACAGUGGGAAGUGGGUGUGAGCUCUGCCACGUGGUGCUGUUGAGCCCCGCCCGCUGUGCACACAGGCCAGCAGGGCUGACCUCGGCCAGCUGACCUCGGCCGGCGGGCUGGGCCUGCCCUGUGUCGCCAUGGACCAGGACUACGAGCGGCGUCUCCUCCGGCAGAUCGUCGUUCAGAAUGAGAACACCAUGCCCGGCGUCGCGGAGAUGCGGCGAACCCUGACGCCGGCCAACUCGCCCGUGUCCUCUCCCAGCAAGCACGGGGACCGCUUCAUCCCCUCCAGGGCCGGUGCCAACUGGAGCGUGAAUUUCCACAGGAUCAAUGAGAAUGAGAAGUCCCCCAGCCAAAACCGGAAAGCCAAGGAUGCCACCUCCGACAACGGCAAAGACGGCCUGGCCUACUCUGCCUUGCUGAAGAACGAGCUGCUGGGAGCCGGCAUCGAGAAGGUCCAGGACCCGCAGACGGAGGACCGCAGGCUGCAGCCUUCCACGCCUGAGAAAAAGGGCCUGUUCACGUAUUCCCUCAGCACCAAGCGCGCCAGCCCUGACGAUGGCAAUGACGUGUCUCCCUACUCCUUGUCCCCGGUCAGCAACAAGAGUCAGAAGCUGCUGCGGUCGCCACGGAAACCCACCCGCAAGAUCUCCAAGAUCCCCUUCAAGGUUCUGGACGCCCCGGAGCUGCAGGACGACUUCUACCUGAACCUGGUGGACUGGUCGUCCCUCAACGUGCUCAGCGUGGGGCUGGGCACCUGCGUGUACCUGUGGAGCGCCUGCACCAGCCAGGUGACCCGGCUCUGUGACCUCUCCGUGGAAGGGGACUCGGUGACAUCUGUGGGCUGGUCUGAACGGGGGAACCUGGUGGCCGUCGGCACGCACAAGGGCUUCGUGCAGAUCUGGGACGCGGCUGCAGGAAAGAAGCUGUCCAUGCUGGAGGGCCACACGGCCCGCGUCGGGGCGCUGGCCUGGAACGCCGACCAGCUGUCGUCCGGGAGCCGCGACCGCAUGAUCCUGCAGAGGGACAUCCGGACGCCGCCCCUGCAGGCCGAGCGGCGGCUACAGGGCCACCGGCAGGAGGUGUGUGGACUCAAGUGGUCCACGGACCACCAGCUCCUCGCCUCAGGGGGCAACGACAACAAGCUGCUGGUCUGGAACCACUCGAGCCUGAGCCCCGUGCAGCAGUACACGGAGCACCUGGCGGCCGUGAAGGCCAUCGCCUGGUCCCCGCACCAGCACGGGCUUCUGGCGUCCGGCGGCGGCACGGCCGACCGCUGCAUCCGCUUCUGGAACACGCUCACCGGGCAGCCACUGCAGUGCAUCGACACGGGCUCGCAGGUGUGCAACCUGGCCUGGUCCAAGCACGCCAACGAGCUGGUGAGCACGCACGGCUACUCACAGAACCAGAUCCUGGUCUGGAAGUAUCCGUCCCUGACGCAGGUGGCGAAGCUGACCGGGCACUCCUACAGGGUCCUGUACCUGGCCAUGUCCCCUGAUGGAGAGGCCAUAGUCACUGGUGCUGGGGACGAAACCCUGCGGUUCUGGAACGUCUUUAGCAAAACCCGUUCGACAAAGGUAAAGUGGGAGUCUGUGUCAGUCCUCAACCUCUUCACCAGGAUCCGGUAAAGUCUUGGGCCUCACCGUCCGUGUCGGCAGAGUCCCACCUCAUCAGCGUGCAUGGACCCUCCCCUCCCCAGCACACAGUCCCCAGAGGACGCAGCCGGGGCGGGCGGGGAGUCGGGCCUGGAGGACCCCGAAGAUUCUCAUUAAAGCCUGAUUGCGAACCCUGGCAGCCGGUGUUUGGGGCGGGGACGUGGCCGGGCCCCAGUAGGAGAGGGGGCCCCGGCGGGGACCAUCUGUGGGGCUGCUCUGCUGGGAGCACGACGGACGCCUCCUGGGACCCAGCCUGCUUCCGUCUCCGUCCGCCGCGGCAUCGCCGGGGCCCGUGCUCCUCCGAGAAGUAUGUGCUCGCCGCCGCCAUCGCCACUCACGCCUGCGGGACAGACGGCGGGACGCCAGGCCGGUCAGCUGGGGCCAGGCGGACGGCUGGGGUCGGCCCACGGAGCAGAGGGACAGACAUCUGACGGGUUUCUCUGCGGCCAGCACGGCUGCCCUUGCCCCGGCGUCUGUGCUGCUGACUUCUCUCGGGGACAUGGCGCCACAUCUGGAGCGGGCCCCGGGCAGUGUCCGGGCCGAAGGCGGUCAUCAGGAGCCGGACUUGUUGUCUGAGGAGAACGAGUCAGGUCCGCUCGCUGCGUACCUUGUGCGUACCCUGAUCCCGCACCGUCCUUGUUGCUGACGGGGUCACGGCCCUGUUUCAUCCCCAAGCCGGACUCGGGCGCUUGUGGCCUGCUGGGCGGCCGGUCAGGGUGACCCAAGAGCAGACUCGACCCCAGAGGCUGUGUCCUCUAGGCAUCUGGCUCCUGCUCCGCAGCCCGUUCCCCUUCCCCCAGGCCACCCCAUCGAGUCCUGUCCGUCUAUGCCAUUGGCUGUGGGGCAGCCAGGGAGGAGGUACCCAUAGGUCCUUCCAGAAACUUCCUGAGCCUCCCCCAGCCCACCCUGUAGUUCUCGGGUCUGUGCCCAGCUGCACGUGGGCCCGUCCCCUCCUGCCUCAUCUCCAGACCAGGAGCCGGGGGAGGAGGGAGGGACGGCCUGCGUGUGGUCAGGGCGUCAGCAGCCCCCCCCCCCCCCGCCGCCCCCUCGGCUCCCGGGCGCUGCAGAGUGGAUGGGGUGGGGCAGAGCCCCUCCAGGUCCCCAUGGCCUUGUGCCCCCGCUCCGUUGGCUGUGUGUGUGCACGUGUAUAUACGUACUUGUGGCUCUUCGGAUUUGCUUCUGUGUCUUUGUAGCUUGGUCCCAGGAAAGUUUAAGGCCGGAGGGGGCAGCAGUGGCUCCCCCACUACCCACCGUGGGGGGCGGCGCUCCCCGCUCCCGAUCAGCGGAGCCCGCAGGUGGGGAGUGGUGGGCGCCCGCCUCCCGGGCCCUGGGCCACAUCUGCCUGCCGCGGGGCAGACGAGGAACCGUGUACAUAGAUGUGUGUAUUUUGAUGGGUCGAGUUCUUAUUUUUGUGGGAGUGUUUAAGAAACCAGGCCUGACUCAGCCACGCACUCACCUUGGGCAGUUGCAGGAGCCCGGGAGCUGCGGUGCCCGCGGGGCCGCCCCCCGCUCGGACCCGCACCAGGGAUUUGGGAUGGCAGGGUGCGGGUCUGCAUGGGGCUGACGGCAGGGCAGGGGACGGAGGGGCGCCUAGUGCAGGGCGAGCCCUGUUUCUUGUGACACAGCAUCGUCGUCAUUACACCAGUUGUGGGUUCCUGCACUGGCUGGCUGGCCGGCUGGCCCCCAGCUGGGGUGUCCAGAUGUCGCUCGCAAGGGGCAGGCGGCUCGCCCUGGGGGAGCUGGUCAUGGAGAGACUCACAGGCUGUCCGCAGGAGGUGCCGGUAACCCCAAAUUCAGAGUCCCCUGGGGCUGAGGAGGGGUAUGGCCAGUCCUUGUGGCCCAGCGAGGGUGUGGCCCUGCCGUGGGGAAGGAACUGCCUGGGUGCCCUGUGGAGGGGGAGACAGGGCAGGGGUGCGGUCUGUGCGCGCAGGAGGCGGGCUGCGGUGGGGCAGGGCUGGGCUGGGAGCAGAGGAGCAAGCAGAGGAGGACGGGGGUGCUGGGUUCAGGGGCCCCGCCGCAGCUCUCGGGCGGGGUAGGCAUUGCUGCCUCCUCCCCUGACCGCCAGGGAGACUGAGGCCGGUGGGUGCCCUCGCUGGCCCAGCAUCUCCCACGGGAGGCAAGAUUUGUUUCUGUGGAUCCUUGAAUGUAGCUUUCGUAAGGGAAGGGGAAGGGAAUUAGUGGUGGUGGUGGGUGAGGCACAGGCACAGGGGGCAGCAGGGACGGGGCCGACGCCGCCGUGAGGGCUGUAGAAGAGAGGGCCUUGGAAGCGGUUGAGGGGAGCAGAGAGUCGGGGCUGGAGGUAAAGCCAGGCCAGAGGAGUGGGGACUCCAGCAGGAUGUGGCAGGUCAGGGGCUCCUGGGAAGCUGGGCGAGCCCCCUAUAGUGAGCAGCUCGCCAGCCCCGAGGUCCCUCCCUGCGGACGAGGAGCCCUGUCCGGGGCGGCAGGGACCAGAGCCCAGACUGCGGCACAGCUGGUUGCGGCGGGCAGCGAGGAGCACGUGUGGCUGGGACGGGGGACAGGUGGCGGGAGGCCCUGGGGAAGGGCACCCCGGGACCCAGAGCCCCAGACGGGCCUGGAGAGCAGGGAGCCCCUGGUGUGGGGGGCGCUGGUGGCGCUGGUGGCAGAGGCUCCGGAGCGGCGUGGGGGAGGCAGGGGCAGGGGCUGCCGGCUGGGGGCUGCGGGGGUGACUCCGGCUUCCACCCCCGAGGCGGCGGGAGCCCUGGGUGUGCGUGGCUGAGAGGGAAGGAAGCAGGCGGCCGUAAGACCCAGCACGGGACCUGGAGGAGACGAGGCCCAGGCCACCAGGAGCAGGUGCGAGUGAGGGGUGGGCGGGUCUGGGCGAUCUUGUUCCCCGUUACUGCGAUGACACACGCGGAACACAGUUGACCAUCUUAACGCGCGCAACUCAGUGAAUUUUAGUACGUUCGUGAGGUUGUGCUGCCACCGUCUGUGAACGUUCCCUGACCCCAAAAG